AUGGGAGUGAUGCAGUGGUAUCCAACAGGAAAAGAUCAUCAUGGAUUCAGUACAGAAAGCGAUGCGCCAAUCUUCUUCCCAGAAACUGAUGAUAAACUCGAAAUGGAUAACUAUAACUCUCAAUUCGAUAUCUCGGACUCUCCACUCAAAAUCUACCGGAAACUCGCGAAACUCCGUCAACGUGAUGAGGCUCUCAUCGUUGGCAUAAAAAUGACAUCUAACAAAAAGAGCGCCACGUCAUGA